UUUACCAUAGACUAGAGUAGACAGCAUUAGCAAGUCUUACUAACACGCUGCUCUGCCUGUUGAUUAGUGUAGAAUCUAAAUACACGCACACGGUUAUCUAAUUCUCACGCGCCGCUGCGAUGACAGAGCCACCGUCAUAUCCAUCAAUAGAUCCAACAACUUUCGACUUAAUUCUCAUCGGAACAGGCUUAUCCGAGUCAAUAAUCGCUGCUGCAGCUAGCGCUUCGGGAAAAUCCGUACUCCACAUCGACCAGAACAAAUUCUAUGGCUCUCACUUCUCCUCUCUCUCAAUCCCAGAUCUCACCUCUUUCCUUAAUUCUAAUUCAGUCCCUACACCGUCACCGCCACCGCCACAAACACCACACCCCGAUUUUACUGUCGUAAAUCUCACAACGCAACCUCUCUAUUCAAACGUAGAGAUUUCCUCUUUUAGUAAUGAGCUCAUAGAACAAAAUUGUAGUAAGUUUAGUCUGGAUAUAUCUGGACCAAGGGUCUUAUAUUGUGCUGAUAACUCUAUUGAUCUUAUGAUCAAAACAGGAGCUAAUCAAUAUGUUGAAUUUAAGAGUAUAGAUGCGAGUUUUGUUGGUGAUGAGAAUGGGAAAUUAUGGAAUGUUCCAGAUUCUAGGGCUGCUAUAUUUAAAGAUAAGAGCUUGAGCUUGAUGGAGAAGAAUAGGUUAAUGCGAUUUUUUAAGCUCGUGCAAUCACAAAUUGCCACUAAUGAGAAUCAAGAACAGCAAGAAGAAGAAGAUGUGAGGAUCUCGGAGCAGGAUUUGGAGAGUCCGUUUGUGGACUUCUUAAAUAAAAUGAAGCUGUCUUCAAAGAUUAAAUCGAUUAUACUGUACGCAAUAGUCAUGGCAGAUUGUGAUCAAGAGAACACCGGAGGGGCAAAUAAAGAUUUACUUAAGACGAAAGAUGGAAUUGAUCGAUUGGCUCUGUAUCAGUCAUCUAUUGGCAGGUUUACAAAUGCACUUGGAGCUUUUAUUUAUCCUAUAUAUGGUCAAGGAGAACUGCCACCAGCCUUUUGCCGUCGUGCUGCAGUGAAAGGCUGUAUUUACGUUUUGCGAAUGCCCGUGGUUGCUCUGCUAAUGGACAAGAAUAAUGGCAAUUACAAAGGUAUAAGGUUGGCUUCUGGGCAGGAAAUAUAUAGUCAGAAGCUAGUUCUGGAUCCCUCCUUUACAGUUCCAUCCUCCCCAUCGGAUCCUCUACAUGAAAGCUUUUGCUUUUUGAGUGUGAGAGAUGUUAAACAAAAGGUGGCUAGGGCAAUAUGCAUUACCAAAUGUUCCCUAAAGCCGGACACAUCAAAUUUUCUGGCUGUAUAUCCUCCUCGAUCCUUGUACCCUGAGCAGAGUACAUCCAUUCGAGCUCUUCAGAUGGGUGGCAAUUUAGCUGUUUGUCCUACAAACAUGUUUAUUCUUUAUCUUUCAGCUUUAUGUGAUGAUGUCCAUCAAGGAAAGAAGUUACUAAAUACAGCCAUGAAUGCUCUUCUGUCUUCUACCGAUUCUGAAAAUCCUGAAAGCUGCUCCACAGGUCAAACUGAGAAUACAGAAGUUCAAAGCAUGUUACUUUGGAGUGCAUUGUAUAUUCAGGAGCUGACUACGGUGGGUCAAUUUGAUUCUAUCAGCUCCACAUCCAUGCCUGAUGGAAAUCUGGACUACAAUGAUGUUUUAGAUUCAGCUAAGAAGCUUUUUCAGAAGAUGUAUCCAAACGAAGAGUUCUUCCCAGAGACGAAGUCACCUGAGAGCUCUGAGCAUGAUGCUGGGGUCGCCUUAGAGAGUUAAGAGGUGCUUUCCUGGAUUUUGCUCUUUGCCUGUAAUGGUAAAGCAUUUCUCUGCAACAAUUUGACAUUGCUAAAUUCAUUUCCUUAAUUUGGAUGAGAGACUCCAAAUGUUACCAUUCACUUUUUUAAGUUAUUCAAUUGCACCACCCAAGUAACAGUUUUUUGUUGUAAAAUAUAAGAAAGUGGAUUUGGGACUUACAAAGUGAAUCGGCGUAAAUAUAACAAUUGAUAAAUAA